AUGUUUGACAUAACAAAUGCAAACGUUGGUCAUACUCGUAAAGCUCUUUCUCAUGACGUUCGUCAAGAGAUGUUUGAACUUACGAACUCAAACGUUGGUGAAACAAGAAGAGCUGUACCUCAUGAAGUAAGAAGAGAAAUGUAUGACAUAACAAAUGCGAACGUUGGUAAAACACGAAAGAGAGACGACACACUGAAACAACAGAGAAGAGAGAUGUUUAAAAGUGCUAUAGAACAAGUUCGCAAAGCUAACGAUGUCAUUCGUUCCAUUGACGACAUACCAAAAGAAGGUGAGAGAUGGUUAAAGAAAGAUGAAGAGAAUAGGAAGAGAAAUGUGAAGUCAGGCAAUAGACUCAUUGACUUUAACAUCGAAGCUUUAGAUGAACCAAACAGAGACUACUUACACAAACAUUUCGGUAAGGUUUUCAUGAGACUCUUAGAGAAGAUUAAAAUAAACUCCCAACAAAGAUGGAUGGUAUGUUAUAAACUUGGUGGAAAGUAUGAAUGUUCUACGUUAAACCUCAAUAAUAUUGGAACAUUACUACAUCAGCUCUUGAAGGAGAACUUUAUAUCAGAGAUAGAAGCAAAUGCUGCAGGUAUUGUUGAAAUGCACUAUGACUUCUUCUUGACAAACAUAAAGAAUCUUACUGAAAUAAAGAUGUAUGAUUUAACAGAAUAUGAAGGCUUAACGAUGUCAGAUGUAAAGAAAGGCAAACCAAAAAAGAGACCAUAUAGAGAUGAAAGCACACUGACAAAUGACCAGAAAGCCAUUUUGGAAGCUCUUAAGCAAACAGGAAACCCAGCACUUAUAGAAAGCUUUUGGAAAGAUAAUGGUGAAAAGAAGUUUUAUAAGAAAAGAAGCGGUCAGUUCUGGAAGUAUCUUUGCACAUUACCUAUAAAUCUUGAGCGCUACCAAAUCUUCAAUGAACUGAACAAAAGAACUGCAACACUUAUGACAGAAGAUAACUGCUUC